GUCAGACACCGUUUAUCARAUUGCCAGAACUGCGAACCAAUCAGAUCGAAAACUCGAGAACUUGGAUCUGGAGAAAACAUGCCUAUGUUAUGYCUCAAGUUUUGCAUUCUUGCAAUUUUGCUGACCUUCGCAGAUCCUCUUACAGAAGCUGCAGCUCGCGUAAAGAGAAAUUUGGCGCAUCCAUAUUCACCCAAGAUUACUUCAGAGCUAAAAAGGGAAGUUAUUGGUCWCGUUGGUAACAUUGCGUCGUUCACUGUGGAAACCACCAACACGCUCUAUUUUGUGACAUCCU